GGAAGUUUCUUCGGUAGCAACUUGGGGGCUGCCUUUGAAACAGUCACCAUCUCAACAUGUCCCUUGUCCCGGCACUCUUUGAGCUGGCUUUGCUGCUGCAGCUGCUACAAGGUAGGUCACAACAGUUAUUUAUUAUUAUUUACUGCAUUUGUAUCCCACUUUUCCUCUGGGCAGCUCAAAGUGAUGUACGUAGUUCUCCCCAUUUUAUCCUCACAAGAGCACUGUGAGGUAGGCUGAGAGCAAGAGGCUGGCCUACGGUCAUCCAGUGAGUGGGGAGUCAGCCCUGGUCUCCCAGGUCCUAGUCCAGUGCUCUAACCACUACACCACCUCUGGCUCUCUGAGCUCAUUUGGGUGACGUUCAAACUUGCCAAGUUCAGGGAGAGCCAUCCCUACAUCAGGACACCCAGAAGAUUCUGGGAAAUGGUCUAGGGUGACACACUUCAACUUUUUCAGAUCCAUACCCACCUUUAGGUAAAGGUAAAGGGACCCCUGACCAUUAGGUCCAGUCGUGGCCGACUCUGGGGUUGUGGCGCUCAUCUCGCUUUAUUGGCCGAGGGAGCCAGUGUACAGAUUCCGGGUCAUGUGGCCAGCAUGACUGAGCUGCUUCUGGUGAACCAGAGCAGCGCACGGAAACGUCGUUUACCUUCCUGCCGGAGCGGUACCUAUUUAUCUACUUGCACUUUGAUGCACUUUUGAACUGCUAGGUUGGCAGGAGCAGGGACCGAGCAACGGGCGCUCACCCCGUUGCAGGGAUUCGAACCGCCGACCUUCUGAUUGACAAGCCCUAGGCUCUGUGGUUUAACUCACAGCACCACCCUUGUCCCAUACCCACCUUUACCCAAAGAUAAUUUGAGCAGCAGAGUCUGGUGCAUCAGGGCAAAUGGUGCACUGCCCCACCAAUCUCAAGUUAUUAUUUUUAUUAAUUUUCCAAAUGAUUACAAAUCAAACCAAAUUACUUCAAUUCAAUACAAUUUCUUCAAAUCAGGUUUCCCGCUCCUGUUGCAAACAAUGAUCAUUUCCUCCCAUAACUGCAUCAUUUCUUAUUUAGUGUCCACUUGUCGUCCUUCACUUGCUGUUAAACCGUUCUUCCAGCUGACUACUUUUUUCAUCCUUACGAACAGCGCCUCUGUUACAUCUUAUAAAUACAAAAUCCAUUUCAUGUGUGUAGUCCCACUGCCCCACCAAUCUCAGCCUGGCCUCACCUGCCUGUAGUGGCAUAGCAUUGGUUGCUGGUACCCAGGGUGGGCAAGCCGCUGAUGCCACUGGAGCACUCCUGCCCUCAUCGGACCCAAGCAGGGUUGCACUGCGCCACCUGCCCACCCGCACAAGGAGGAGCCAAGUCAGCCAACAAUGCCCUUGCCAGCCAUAUCCCGCUGAUGCCUGCAGAGGAGAGCACCAGGCGAGGCCAUGCUGGGAUAGCCCCUCACUUGCCUCCCUCACUGUGGGCCUGGACUGCUCAUUAGAAGCCAUCUCUACCUUCCCCAUAAUAGCCUUGCUUUAUCCUCCUAUUAAGGGACAUGGGUGGCGCCAUGGGUUAAACCACAGAGCCUAGGAAUUGCUGAUCAGAAGGUCGGCGGUUUGAAUCCCCGUGACGGGGUGAGCUCCCGUUGCUCGGUCCCUGCUCCUGCCAACCUAGCAGUUUGAAAGCACGUCAAAGUGCAAGUAGAUAAAUAGGUACCACUCCGGCGGGAAGGUAAACGGCGUUGAUGAGUGCCGCAACCCCAGAGUCGGUCAUGACUGGACCUAAUGGUCAGGGGUCCCUUUACCUUUUUAUCCUCCUAUUAGCUUGUACCGGGAAACACUAGAUCCCAAGGCUGGAAAGCUUGGCAAGCCACACUCCUUUCAGGAAAUGGGGUGGAAAGGCAUUGUCUUUCCUGUAGGUCUGGUAUGGCUGGAUGUGUGAGGACAGGAUCCAGGCAUCACCAAAAGGCUUCCAAUUGGGGAGGCGAACCAACAACAGCCACCUCUUAUUCUCCCAAGCCUAUGCAGAACCUAGCUCUGUUUGGGGUGGGGAAUGGGCUGUGAAGCAGCUCAGGGUGUUUCUGUUGUUGUUGUUGUUUAGUCGUGUUCGACUCUUUGUGACCCCAUGGACCAGAGCACGCCAGGCACUGCUGUCUUCCACUGCCUCCCGCAGUUUGGUCAAACUCAUGCUGGUAGCUUCGAGAACACUGUCCAACCAUCUCAUCCUCUGUCGCCUCCUUCUCCUUGUGCCCUCCAUCUUUCCCAACAUCAGGGUCUUUUCCAGGGAGUCUUCUCUUCUCAUGAGGUGGCCAAAGUAUUGGAGCCUCAGCUUCACGAUUUUUCCUUCCAGUGACCACUCAGGGCUGAUUUCCUUAAGAAUGGAGAGGUUUGAUCUUCUUGCAGUCCAUGGGACUCUCAAGAGUCUCCUCCAGCACCAUAAUUCAAAAGCAUCAAUUCUUGGCAAUCAGCCUUCUUUAUGGUCCAGCUCUCACUUCCAUACAUCACUACUGGGAAAACCAUAGCUUUAACUAUACAGACCUUUGUUGGCAAGGUGAUGUCUCUGCUUUUUAAGAUGCUGUCUAGGUUUGUCAUUGCUCUGGGUGUUUCUACAAAGACAAAAACAUGACUACAUGGGUGUUAACUGGAACUGCCUUGAACCCAAACAAACCUUGGGGGCCCCACUUCUCAAGUUUUUUUUACCAUGCAUUGGUAUGGUAGUACUGCUGCGAUCCACUUUAGAUCAAGCUACGACCAAGCUGCAGGUUCCUUCAAACCCACCAGCUGAAGACUGAUGGUGCCCUGAUGGUCUAGACCAUAUACACGGCACUUAGGGUUGCCUGUCGUAACCCUGGAUUUUCUAAUGCCUCACAUGGGAAAGUUUUGGGGGUUUUUUGCACAAAUGAAUCUGGGCUGUGUGCACUCACACAUAAGCUUCCUUUCUCUUUUAGUUUCAAGCUUUUGAACUGAGAUAUUUUUGCCCCCGCUGGUGCUAGUGGCAGGAAGCAGUGAAGUUAUAGAAAGGUCCCAUAGAAAACCACAAGCACAGCUUUCUCUGCCUUGAUACAGUGCCCUUUGCAAUGUUUUUCUUUAAAGUCAGAGCUUCAGAAGGUUCUCAUGUACCCUAACAAUUUCAUCAUAUGAGCGGCAAUCCUUAUGCAUCCAAAACAGUAACUUCCUCACAAAGCGGGGGAGGUAUCAGCAGGCUUGGGGAAAGCACCAAGGUUUGCAGAAGCACAAGCAAUCUUUAGAGAAAGAAAAAACAUAAUAAUGGUAAGAAAUCCCUCCACACACACAACAGUCCAGUGAGGAAUUGAGCAAGGUUUGUGGUCUGCUCUGCUCAUGGGACACUAGCUAAUGGUUUGAGCUGCUAAGUUUCAUGCUAAGUUUCUGCUGUGUGGUUUGUUUGUUUGUUUGUUUAUUGUCUUAAGGGCUUGCAUUUUAAUUGUAUUUUGCAUUUUCUUGUCUAUGACAAUUGCCUGGAGGUGGCACAUAAAUGCAGUGAAUGCCUGGGGUAGGGAGAGGACAGGAGGAGUAUCCUCUGGAAGGAGCAUAGAAGGUUAGGACUCUGAACAGGAACAUUCAACGCUGCAACAUUUUGUUGCAGUCCUACUUGUUUCUCUGUCAGAAAUCAUAUCCCUCAAGGCAGCCUCCUUUAGUAGUUACCACAACCGUGUGAGAUAAAUCAGGCUGAGAAUCAGACUUAACCCAGACAGUGCAGAACUGAUGCUCAUUGGUUGCGUUGGUAAGGAGACAGCCUGGCUAAUUCAGUGCAAAUAAAGCAUGCUCCUUUAUCUAACCCAACCUAAGUUGUGUACCUUUGUCACAGAGGGAUUGAAAUGGUGAAUUGCAACAUAGGGCUCACCACUCAUUUCGGGUUUUUUUGUUUUCUAGCUGCAACUCAUUGUUCUGUGGCAAAUGAACAGGCUCUCUCCCCUUACUGCACUGUAAUUGUGGUGGUGGUUCUUGAGUGUGUGUGUUUUCUUUUCAUUGCACUUAACCUCAGAGUCCCCCCUGAGCACGAUCAUUUGGCCCAGUUUGGCUAUAAUGCUGGUGGCACUCACCACCUGAGUUCGCCAUUGUGCUGUGUGCACAGAUGUGGAAAAUAAACACAUGUUUAAAGGUGUGUGACUGAAGUGAAAUACCAGCUCUUUAAAACAGGAGAGGGCUGUUCUAUCUUGUUCCAAGGUGAGCUUUUGGCUCGGAGCAACCCUUCACGAAUCCAUUUUCUUUAGCAGGGUCUUUUCAAGAAGCUCCCAUUGAAAACGUAACUGUAGUGGAGGGGGGAAAUCUGGAUCUACGCUGCUCUGUUGCUGGGGACAUCGGAUCUGCCGUGGAGUGGAAGAACCCACGUGGGUUUGUGAUUUUCUUCAGGAACACCCUGCGAGGUAGGUGCUGGGGGAAGGCAGGGACCCCAUAACAUUUCCACUGGAAAGAGGAAACAAGUAAGAUUUCCCACGGAACAGCGAUAUGAGUCACACACACCAACACAACUCAGUUUUGACAGGUUCACUCACAGCCACACUCCUGCAGGAAGUCAAUGCAAUGAAGGCCCCCUUUGCAGUGGUUAGGAUGUGUGAAUACAGCAAUUCCUUCCAACGGGUUUAUUAUGCCGCCCCUACAUUUGAAAAAGGAACGGAAAGAAAGCCCACCACUCUUUCCAACAAUCGGUUUGUUCAGGUGGGCUCUAACAUGUGCCACAAGUGUGGGGCAGUGGUUAGAGCGCUGAACUAGGACCUGGGAGACCAGGGUUCAGAUUCCCACUUGGCCAUGAAGCUCACCUUGGGCCAGUCACUGCCUCCAGGCUUAGCCUUACAGGGUUGUUUUGAGGAUUAAAUGAGGAGAGGGAGAACCAUGUCUACCACCUUGAGCACCUUGGAGAAAAAGGUGGGCUGUACAGUAAAUGCAAUCAAUCAAUCAAUAGGUAGGUAUUUAAAGAUGCCACUUUACAGGAGUGUUUUGCCUAUACUUUUGAUUCUUGGGGCACAGGAUUUCCUGGAUUACAAGGGGAGGCAUGCUUCCCUCUGCCCCCUUAUCCCUUCAACACAGCCCAUUACUCCCCUUCAUAAUGAGGCAGAACCUAAUGCACUGCUAUGCAAUCUUUUACUGACUUGCCCCCAUUGUUUCUCUCUCUUGCAGGCAUAAGAGAUCCAAGGUAUACACUUGUCCAUCAUUCAGCAGCUGACUUCUCUGUCCGUCUCUCCAACGUCACGGUGCGCGAUGAAGGAGUCUAUACAUGCCUCCACUACAUGGUGCCAACCGGAAGGAAGCAGGUGAACGUCAAUGUCUUAGGUGAGCCUCCAGGCUUUCAGUGGAUGACGGAGUGAUGGGAAGGGUGAUGUCAGAGUGGAACCUCCAACAGCUGCUGAGCAGGAGCCACAAACUCCUUGUCUAUCCCGGAAUCAAAGACAGGAGCUGAAAACCAGAGGCUGCAUUUGCACUUCCAAAGAUGCCAGAGUCGCCGGCUGAUCCCAGUUCAUUUUGCAUGAGCAGCAUUUCAUUUAUUUAAUUUGUUUGUAGUGAAACCAGUUUACAAGGAAUAUUGAUAUUAUCUGUUAAAAACCAACUGAAAACAUCAAAAGCUAAUUGAAAUUAACAGUAAGAGAUAAAGAAAGGUUAAAACAGCCAAAUUAAAAGUAAUAGCAAAAAGUUUAAAAUGAAUUUGUUUCUUUGCUUAAAUGUUUAUACAGCUCACAUUCAUAAGAAAUGCAACAAGGCAGUGUGGCAGCACAUGCAAGUUGCAACGGUAUGAAAAGCAUCAAGAAAACAUCAGUAUAAAAACCCAUAAAUUUGGCUUGGUUGAAAGAAAAUUCGCACUUCAAAGGCCUGUCUAAAUAACAUAGUUUUCAGAAAACCUCUAAGCAGUGCUAUUUUUCUAGAAAAAGAGGUGUCAGAACACCUCCUUAGUUCUCUUACAAUGGCAAUUAAGAAACCAACCAGGAAGCUGAAAUUAAGCUUGGCUUUCUGUUGCUGGGGAUAAUGGUUUGUUGCACCCCCAUAAUCAGGAUUGCCAGCCAGCCAGAAACCAUGGCUUGUUGUUGACUUGUGAUCCUUGGCUUGUUCACUAGGUGAACAUCUCUUAUCUGCAGAUGUUGAAAAAUUUGGAGCGAACCCUUCAUUCUUUGUCGUAAUGAAGUUGCGGUGGGGAGACUGUCACCUCCAAAUCUGAUUCUGUCUUCUUACAGCUGCUCCUUCCCGACCUCUGCUGGAAGCAACAAGGGUCAGAGUUCACAAUCAAGAGGAAAAGAUGGUGUUAAGGUGCUCCACCUGGGGUGCUAAACCCUCUCCUCAAAUUACGUGGUUGCUGGACAAUGGGAUGGAACUCUUUGGUAUGAACUUGCUUUCUACUUGCUUUCUUUGUGCAGUGUAUUUUGUCUUUUAAAAGCCAUUCUAGAACCAUUGGUCAGGAAUGAUGGGUUGGCCCUUGUCUCACUGAAGCAAAUUUGCAUGCACAAUAACCAAAUUUUAUUCCAUAAAAUCACCUUUUAAUAACUGCGUUCAGAUACACUAAUCAUAGAAUUGUAAAUUUGGAUGGGACCACGAGGGUCAUCUAAUCCAACCCCCUGCAAUGCAGGAAUCUUUUCCCCAUUUCUGGUUUCCCUUUCUCUUCCAAAUACAUUUUUAAAGACUUUCCUCCCAGGUCUUCAUAAUUUUUUUAGAAGCAAAUGCUGGUAGAGUUUGUGUUGAAAUUAACAAUCCAGAUCAAGGAUAAGGAUCCUCUGGAUUUGGAGCCAAAUGUGGUUGUGUAGGCAUCUGUGCCUGGCCCUCAGCACUCUCCCUCAGGCCAUGCACUGUCCCCUGGGCACACUUCACACCACUCCUCUCUUGAGUGAAUCAUAGAAUUGUGAAAUUGCAGAGUUAGAAGGGACCUCAAGGAUCACCUAGCCCACCCACCCCCUGCAAUGCAGAAAUCUCAGCUAAAGCAUCCAUGACAGGUGGCCAUCCAACCUCUGCUUAAAAACCUCCAAGGAAGGAGAGUCCACAACCUUCUGAGGGAGAACAUUCCACUGUCAAACAGUUCUUCCUGUCAGAAAGUUCUUCCUGGUGCUUCUGGAUAGAAUAUGUCCUCGAAAUCUGGAUAAUGCCACCUUUUGCACAGCCGGAAUGUAGCCUACUGUGUACCAGGUGGUUCCCCCACUUUUGGCACUGCCCCUACACACUACUGUGAUGCUGCCCCUGAAGGGAUACCCACAAGGGAGUGUGACCCUUGGGCUGAAAAAGGUUCUGCGUCCCUGUUCUAGAUACUAUGCCUGAUACAGGUUUAGAAUUUCAAAUGCCCCAUUCAUUCUGAAUAGAUCAAUACGGGAAGGCACUAUAAGGGAUUUUGUGGCGGUCCAAUGAGGACCAGAGACUCUCAGAGUGACUGGCUUGCCUGUCUGCCUGUUACAGAGAAAAUGGCCAAUUGAAAGGGCUUUCUGGCAGUGAUUGGUUUCGUUAUGGUGAUUCUCAGAAAGGGCAACGCGGGAAGAACCCAGCAAAGGAGGGAUCAAAUUAUAAAGGGGUCCGAAUAAAGCAAGCUUGGAGACAGGAAAUUUCUGAGAGAAGAAGGAGGGGGAGAAAAGGCAACAGGAAGGAGUUGGAGGGAGAAAGGAAAACAGAGAAUUGGCAGGUCUCUAGCUGUCAACUAAAGUUCCAAAAGUUUUAAUUGCUUGCCAUUCCUUUUCUUAAAACCAUCCAUAGGAAUUAUUUCCUUCCUUGUAUUCCCAAAUGCAUUUUAGGUGAUACUAAACACCAGCUGGAAGAGAAGAAAUGGAAUUCAACUAGCACCCUCACAGUCCACACCUACACCCAGAAGUCUGGCGUUACUUGUGUUAUUCGUCACAGAGCUCUCCGAGGAGGAAAUUUAACAGCAAAUUUAUACCUUGGGCACAAUGGUAAGUGCCAAAUGUGCACAGUGUGGCUGAGGUGGCUCUGUGCAUCAAUGUUCAAGACAGAGCAAUACCGAGAGGAGAGAAGGCACAAAUUCUGUCUUCUUCACAUCAAAAUACAUUCAAUGGCAAAUCAAUAGCACAGAUUGUGGCAGUCUGCUUUAAAAAGGAGGGACUGCCAUAUUAUGACAGCAAGUUAGCUCAGUUGGUUAGAGCAGGGUGCUGAUAAUGCCCAGCUUGCAGGUUCGAUCCCCGUACGGGACAGCUGCAUAUUCCUGCUAUUGGACUAGAUGGUGCUCAAGAUCCCUUCCAACUCUACAGUUCUAUUAAUCUAGAUUAGUAAAACCAGGGCAGAAUUCAAAAUUGCUUGUUGAGGCUUCUACAGUUUUGCCAGGCCCCAUGCUAACCUCGUUGCUUACUAAGAACAGAAGAGCAUGAGAGCAUAAUAAUAGCUCAGCUGAAUCUCAAACCAAAGGCCCAACUUUUCCAGCAUUCUAUUUCUUUCUGUAGCCAACCAGAAACCUCCAGGAUACCUCGAGGAAGUCGUGAAGAAAAUAGCCCUUCUUCCAUUUUUGCUCCCUAGCCUAGGUGCAUGGAGGUAGACUGCCAGUGAAACUGGAGUCUCCAUUUAGCUGUUGUGCAGAAUAGCUAGUGAAGGUUCUGCCAUUCCUAAACUUUGCUAACCAUCUUUUAAAGCCACUGAAAGUAAUUGCCCUUGUCAUUUCUUGUGGAAGUGAGUUCUAUAAAUGACCCUGAGUUCGAAUAUUAUGUGAGAGCAGAAGAGGGGUGGCCUUGUUCUGUGUCCUUCGCCAUUGGAGGUACAGUUGAUGCUCCGAUGCCUUGCAUCAGGGAUGCGAAAACUGUAUCCCUCCAGACUUUGUUGGACUGCAGCUCCCAUCAUGACUUCUAAUCCUCAACCAUGCUGGCGGAGGCUGGUGGCCGUUGGGAAUCCGACAAUAUAUGCACCACAACCAUACAUGGAGGAAAUGAGGAAAAUUCUGAACAAAUAUGUUUCUGAUUUCCAGAGCCUACCACAGACUUCACCCCAACAACACUUGCAGUUAGUACGAUAACUCCAGAAAACCUUCCCCAUUAUAAAGGUAAAAUAUUCCAUCACCAUUUUGCAGGGUGUGAUGUACUCACUACAUUCUCCUCAUCCAAUGCUAUCUGAUACUUCCUGCCUUUCCCCCCAAAUCCAAUACAGUGGUAUCUCGGUUUUCGAGCAUCUUGGAAGCCAAAUGUUUCGGUUUUCGAAUGCUGAAAACCCAGAAGUAAACGCUUCCAUUUUCAAACGAGCCUCGGAAGUUGAAUGGCUUCCGCUGCAUGUUUUUCAAUUUCCUCAAUUGAACUUGCAGCCAGCCCUUUGCGCCUUGGUUUUUGAACGUUUCGGAAGUCAAACGGUCUUCCAGAACAGAUUACAUUCGAGAACUGAAGUACCACUGUACAUGGACAAUCCGAUCUGUUCAGUCUGCAAUGAGCUGUUUUAUUUCAAGAGCUUGGUUUUUUAAACUUUGCUUUUUAUACUUCUGCAAAUGUUGGGGUUCUCCAGAGCAUGCUGAUACAGCCAACUCCUUUUCCCAUGGCUCCAUUUUAGUGCUAAUCCUAUUGGCGCUCACUACUUGUGUUCAUUAUUAGGGAGCUGGUGGCUUUCAAAGGGCAUCGGGCAACUUGAAGGGGAUAGGACUGUCGAUGGCUGCAUUAGCCAAUGGGAAACAAAAGGAGGAGGGGGAGGCCAUUGCUUCUUCAAGCUUUGCCUGUGGUCCUCAUGGAGGGUCCAGUGCGUCACUUUGCAAAAGAGGAUGCUGGCUUAGGUAGAACUUCUGAUCUGAUCUGUCAGGGCUUUUCUGACAUUGAUCCUGCACCGUGGAGGCUGGUCUGUUAGGGUGCCCCACCAACUUCAGUCUGCCCCCAACUACCUGAAUUCUUAUUUGCAACCAGUUAAUCAAUCAAUCGUGGGAGGCGCUGUGGGUGGUGCUGUGGGUUAAACCACAGAACCUAGGACUUGCCGAUCAGAAGGUUGGCGGUUCGAAUCCCCACGACGGGGUGAGCUCCUGUUGCUCGGUCCCUGCUCCUGCCAACCUAGCAGUUCGAAAGCAUGUCAAAGUGCAAGUAGAUAAAUAGGUGCCACUCCAGCAGGAAGGUAAACGGCGUUUCCGUGCGCUGCUCUGGUUCGCCAGAAGCGGCUUAGUCAUGCUGGUCACAUGACCCGGAAGCUGUACGCCGGCUCCCUCGGCCAGUAAAGUGAGAUGAGCACCACAACCCCAGAGUCGGUCACGACUGGACCUAAUGGUCAGGGGUCCCUUUACCUUUUAAUCAAUCAAUCAAUCAAUCAAUCAUCCCCUGGGUAAACUUUCCCAGAAGAUGUUUAGCACAUAGCUUUCCCGCUAUGGAGACGAGGCUUAUUGGUCUAUAGUUGGAUGGUAAUGUGCGCUCUCCCUUUUUGUAUAUUGGAACGAUUGCGCCUGUCCAUGCCUCUGGCAUAAAAAGUCCAGUCCUAUCUACCCUUGUGAAUAGGUUGGCCAGCAAGGUAGCCCACCAGUCAGGAUCUAGUUUAAGAACAUUGGGACCUAUGCCAUCUGGGCCAGUGGCUUUCCCUUGCUGGUCUAUUAACAUUUUUAUUUCAUCUGAUGAAACUGGGGGCCACUUGGGGGCAUUGAUUUGCAUAGAAUGAUAACAAGCUGUCCCACUGGAAUGAUCCUCAUUGCAAGACACUUGAAAAGUAGUGGUACCAAUCAUUAGGCGAAACAGGUGGAGAGGAAAGUCAUUAGUGUUAAAUGCCCCAGAAUAUAAGGGCCAGAAUCUCCUUUCAUCGUUUGAGGUUAUGGCAUACGUAGUGGAGUUGUUCCCAUUGUUUGUUGGUAUGUUCAGAUCUCCGUCUUUUUAAAAAAUAAGGUGCUGCAGUAAGUUUUGGGACCUGAAAUAUUCUGGGGGUAGGGCGGUGGCUUCGUCCUUACGGUGUGGGUGGAAGAUAUUCCGGAUGUGUGCUUUGAGAUCUCUGCAUUCCUUAUGAAACCAGAUUGCAGCAAAGGGCUCCCUGGGUCGUUUUUGCACUGUGAAUUGUUGUUUUGAAAAUUCAUUCAGAGAUGUUAUUAGGACUUCAAAUGAUUCAACCAGUCUAGAGGGUGGCACUGGACGUCCACUUCCUCCUCCUUAGGAUUCACCCACUCUUCUGCUUGUCCCAAGUCUAGAAAGCACAGGUCUGAGUGGUUUUUCCCUUGCCUCCCUCCUUUCAUAGGAAAAGCCCACACCUUAGUGCUAAAUCAGAGAAAACCUGAAUUGCUGUUUGCUCCGACUGAGCACUAAAGAGCGCUGUUCCCUGAGGGGAAGCAGUGGGACGAGAGGCAGUGUGGAGAAGCCCUUAGUCUCCCUACUGACCAUAUAAAACUCAGUAAGGAGGAGGUUUGGGACAAAGCUAGAAUGGGUUUGCUGUGACUGUCAUUAGCUCUGGCUCCUCCUACUGUCAGCCUCCCAACCUGCUGCCCAACCAGUCCCAAUGGGCACCAGCCCCCCGUGGUCCUGGGGUAAGAAAGGGAGGAAGAAGACUUUUUUUUAAUUCUUUUUUAUUAUUUCAACAGGGCCAGGCGAAGCAUUAAAUAUUACAGAAGGAAACCCUGGAACACAAACACCACACACAAGUGCUGCAGCAGCAACUCUGAAUUCUAAUGCUACCAACGGUAUGAUGAAGCAGUUUAACAAUUAUUUCCUGACGUUAAAAAAUGAAGUUGAUUUCCGAUGAUAACCCAACCCCAUGCAGCUUACUUCAUCUCCUGGAAUAUCAGAAUUGCAGCAUUUUACAUUCAGGUCACCAAAAGAAAUUACUCUUUUGCUUGAUGCAGAACAUUGGGUAGUUCGUUGCUUUUAGAUGUGGUGAUAGUUACCAGUCUAGACGUCUUGAAAAGUGGAUUAGGCAAAUUCAUGGAGGCUGAAGCUAUUGGUGCCUAUUUGUUCAGAUGGUUAAAUAGAACCUCCCAGUUCAGAGGCAGUAUACAAGCACAAAGCAACAGCAGUAGAGGGCCUUUGCCUUUAUGACCUGCUUGUGGGCAUGAGGCUCUUAAUCUCAGGGUUGUGGGUUUGAGCCCCAUGUUAGGCAAAAGUUUCCUGCAUUGCAGGGGGGUGGAGUAGGUGACUCUCGUGGUCCCUUCCAACUCUACAAUUCUAUUAUUUCCAGAGGCAUCCAGUGGCCAUCAUGGUAGCCGGAUGCUGACCUAGAUGGAGCAUUGGUCUGAGGCUGAGCUAGUAGGAUUCUUUAUGAGUUCUUAAAUUUUUGCUUGGGAAUUAAAGGAACAACACUUCUCUUUUCAUUUUCUUCAGGCUCAGAAAAAAUAUUAAAUGCGACAGAAGAAAACCUUAGUAUACCAACUCUGUCUCCAACUGGGGGAGCAGCAACCCUGAAUUCUUAUGCCACUAAAGGUAUGCUGAAAUAAUAUUAAAAUAAUCGUCUCCAAAUGAAAAAAUGGAAUUAACUUCUGCUGCUAAUCCUUAAAUAUACAGGUUAUUUCAAGCUAUUCACUGUAAUGUCAGCAUUGCUAUAUUCACUCGUCUCAGGAUGUGAAAGGAAUAAACCUUCUUUUUUUCAAUUCAGCAGGAUCAGAUAAAAUAUCCAAUGUGACAGAAGGAAAUUCUAGUACACAAACACCGUAUCCAGGUUCUGACACAGCAACUCCGAAUUCUCAGAGCACAAUUGGUAAGUUAGUGAAAUGUUAACAUCCUGAUGUACAGGUAGCCAGUGUGGUGCCCUACAUAUGUUUUGGACUCAGGUUCUCAUCACCCAAUCCAGCUUGGCCAAUGGUCAGGAAUUAUGGGAGUUGUAGUCCAACAUCUGGAAUGAAUGCUCAAUAAAAACAUCUAAACUUUUUGGAAACACUCAAUAGACGGGUCAUCUGGAAGUGACCAAAAACUCGUUCUACCAGCUGAAGAGAAACUUUGCAACCAGCCCAAUGCACUGUUGUUAACUCGUUUACUGGUGGGGAUCCAUCAGACAUUGCCCCUAAAGGAACCAUGGCUGUUACAGAAAUAGGAUGCAUCCGCAACACUCAGAGGACAAUGUACCAAAAGCAUGAAAACUCACAUUUUUGUUUUUGUUGUUUUUGUUUGUUUUGUUUUGUUAACAGGAACAAAUCUUACACACGAAGGAAUCGUGAAACGAGCGAGCCUUUUGCUUCCCAUCCUUGUGACGGUGUUACUUUCUGCUCUCUUCAUCAUUGUCCUGCUUCUUGUGGUGAAACUGUGGAAGGCACACAGAGAAUGGAAGAAAGGUUAGAGAGGACAGACAAAUGAAGAGUGUGCAUUCUGGAUGCUUUGACAACCCCUCCCCUCCCAAAAGCAGUGCAGGGGGUAGGACUGUCAUUAUGCACACUUAAGGUAAAAGUAAAGGGACCCCUAACUAUUAGGUCCAGUCGCAGACGACUCUAGGAUUGCGGCGCUCAUCUCGCUUUAUUAGCUGAGGGAGCCGGCGUACAGCAAGACUAAGCUGCUUCUGGCGAAACCAGAGCAGCACACGGAAACACCGUUUUCCUUCCCGCCGCAGCGGUACCUAUUUAUCAACUUGCACUUCAUGCUUUCAAACUGCUAGGUUGGCAGGAGCAGGGACUGAGCAACGGGAGCUCACCCCGUCAUGGGGAUUCGAACCGCUGACCUUCUGAUCGGCAAGCCCUAGGCCCUGUGGUUUAACCCACAGCACCACCCGCGUCCCUUUAUGCACACUUACCUGGGAGUAAAUCCCAAUGAAUUCAGUGGGGCUUCAGAUUGCAAUUGACCCCUGCCUCUUUGUGAAGAAAUGUCAUACACAUACACACACACACACACACACACACACAGCUGCUGGUGCUGCUGCUCAUUAUUUUCCUUUCCAAUGUCACCUAUGUAGAAACUGAAGUUUCGGAUCAGACGCUUGAAAGUAACAAAUCUCGGCCAAAUGAGGACAACCAUGGGCAGGAGAAGAAUAGAAAUGGUAUGCAUGGAAAUUUUUGUGUUUGUGUGGAUGGGGGCAGAGGGAAUGGUUUGAAUUAAGAAAUGCAACCAAGGUAAUAGCUGAUGGAUCAACUAGGGAUUAAAGUCUAAUCGUAUUUUUGUUCUCGGUUUAUACAACUGUUCCAAAGCAAUGGAUCUGGAUUUCAUCCAUGAAAACAAAGUUGUACCACAAACCCUACAAUUCAAGGCCUAUGUCCAGAAAGGACACAAAGAAAGUGUCUACAAAAAGGGGUUACAAUUUAAAGGGGAGAUGGAAUAAAUGAUACAAUGAAAUAAAUUCCAGUACAGUCAUACCUUGCAUCAGUACAGCCAUCAGUAAAAUCAACAAAAGUUUAAAAGAAUAAAAAAGAGGGGAGGGUUCAUCUGAAGGCAGCAAGAGAGAGGGGACGAAAUGGAAUUCUCAAGGGAGGGAAUCUUCCUGAUGUUAAAAGGUCCUUGGCACCUGACAACCCAUGUGGCAAGGUCAGUGUAGUGGUCACAGUGUUGGACUGGGACUUGGGAGACCAGGGUUUGAAUCCCCAACACAGCCAUGAAACUGACUAGGUGACCUUGGGCCAGUCUAACCUACCUUACAGGGCUGUUGUUGCAAGGAUUAAAUGAGGAUGGAGAGAACCUUGUCCACCACCUUGAGCUGCUCAGAGAAAAAGGUGGGAUGUAACUGCAAGAAAUAAUAAUAAAUACAAUUUUAGGUCCCAGAUUGCUUCGAAAUACAUGAAUAGGUUCUGAUUUCAGUAAUGGCUGACAGAGAUAACUUCAUGUCAUAUUACACAGCAAAAUAAGCACUCUGUAUGAUGGGCAAGAGCAAUAGAUAUUUGUUUUAUUUUUUAUCCAGUUAUCCCUUGGAAGAUCAGUAAGAAAUAUGUAAUUGGAGGAUCGUGCACGAGGACAAUGAAGAAUUCAGAGGGGAGUCAAGAUUCAUCAGUCUUUGAAAAACAUUUGCCUUCUGUUAAGGAAACUGACCUGUGAGCAUCACUCCCUACUGAUAAUAUUGGACUAUGUACAAUGGCGCAGGACGGCAUUCACUUUAUUUAGCCUGUGGCUAAAUAUUCACCUUUCUGUGAAAAACACUUCAGAACCAACAUUUUCAACAGGAUUUCAAACCAGCGGAAACAACUGGUUCAUAAACGUGGGGUUCAAGCUGGGCUAAUUGUGUUGUAAAUAAAAAGACAACCAUACUGCAAAAGCUGUUGAGAAUCUGCAACUUGUAUAUGUUAUGAUUGAGCUAGCAUCUUAAUAAAUACAAUACUUAGCACUUUGGAGCAUACAAAGCAGUUCACACAUUUCCCCAGUAAACCCUCCCAACAAUGCAGUACAGGUCAAAAUAAUUAUCCCCAUAUUGCAGAUGGGAAGACUGAAACUACCUAGAGUUGACCUGAAGUGACUUAUCUGGUGUCUGACUGUGGU